CGAAAUACUGAGGAAAUGGUGGCUGAUGCUGAUUUUGGUGACUCUGUUGAAUUACAACCAGAGCUUAAAAGACUGAAACUUCGGAGAAACAAUUGGGAUUCAGACACUUAUGAAUUUGAUGAAGUGCUUACUGAGUUUGCAUCACAGAAACGUGUUUAUGAAGUUGUAGCUAAGCCAGUUGUUGAGAGUGUUCUUGAUGGUUAUAAUGGAACUGUAAUGACUUAUGGUCAAACUGGAACGGGGAAAACUUUUACUCUUGGACAAUUGGGGGAGGAAGACACCUCUGAUCGUGGUAUCAUGGUUCGUUCCAUGGAGGAUAUCUUAGGUGACUUAUCUCCAGAAACUGAUUUGGUCACUGUCUCAUAUCUGCAGCUUUACAUGGAGACUCUCCAGGACUUACUUAAUCCAGCAAAUGAUAAUAUUCCCAUCUUGGAAGAUCCAAGAACUGGUGAUGUGUCUUUGCCUGGGGCAACUCUUGUGGAAAUCAGGGAUCAGCAAAGCUUCUUGGAGUUGCUAAGAGUUGGAGAAGCUAAUCGAGUUGCUGCCAACACAAAGUUGAAUACUGAAUCUUCUCGUAGUCAUGCUAUACUGACGGUACAUAUUAAGAGGUUUGCUGUGGAUAGUGAAGAUAUUGUUUCUACUGAAAAUAAUGAUGCCUCUCACUGGACUAAACCUUCAAAACCACUUGUUCGAAAGAGCAAGCUGGUUGUGGUAGAUUUGGCCGGAUCUGAGCGUAUUCACAAGUCAGGAAGUGAGGGGCACAUGCUAGAGGAAGCUAAAUCCAUCAAUCUUUCACUUAGUGCACUAGGAAAAUGUAUUAAUGCUCUAGCAGAAAACAAUACUCAUGUUCCAUUUCGGGAUUCAAAGCUUACUAGAUUGCUUAGAGAUUCAUUUGGGGGAACAGCGAGGACUUCAUUGAUUGUUACUAUUGGCCCUUCUCCACGUCAUCGAGGAGAGACUUCUAGUACCAUCUUGUUUGGCCAAAGGGCUAUGAAAGUUGAGAAUAUGCUGAAAAUAAAGGAGGAGUUUGAUUAUAAAAGUUUGUCUCGGAGGCAAGAGGUACAAUUAGAUAAGCUUAUUGCGGAAAAUGAAAGGCAGCAGAAGGCUUUUGAAGAUGAAGUUGAAAGAAUAAAUUUGGAAGCACAAAGCCGAGUUGCUGAGGUUGAAAGGAAAUUUUCAGAUGCGUUAGAGAAAGAGAGACUGAAAUGCCAGAUGGAGUACAUGGCAUCAGUUAGGCAGCUGGAGCAGAAGUUGGUUUCAAGUGGAGAAAGACAUGGCUGCAAUUGGCUUGUGGAUGGAAUAAGAUCUGCAAAUGAAUUUGCUGAGGUCAAAAAGCUGUUUGAAAAUGAAAGCGUUAAGAGAAAAGCAGCUGAAGCAGAGGUACAAAAUCUAAAAAGUCUGCUGGAGAAAUAUACUCGAACAGAGACAGGAGGGGAUACAGAGAUGAUAAAGCUUAACAGCAUUCUGAAGGAUGGGGCUAAUCAGGAAAAGAAACUUGAAGAAGAAAUAAUAAUAUUAAGUAGUCAAUUAUUGCAAUUGAACUUUGAAGCUGAUCAGAUGAGAAGAUGUUUAGAAAGUGAAAGCUCUGUAAAUGCAUCCCCUGCUAUGGAUUCUUCCAUGUCUCAAGUUAGGCAUUCUCAACACAAAUACACUGGGAAUGGUCAGAAGGCAUCUUUUGCUGCACUCUUUGAGCAAGUUGGGUUGCAAAAGAUUUUGUCUUUGCUGGAGUCUGAUGAUGCCAAUGUACGAAUUCAUGCUGUUAAAGUGGUGGCCAACCUAGCAGCAGAAGAGGCAAAUCAAAAAAGUAUUGUUGAAGCUGGUGGUCUUACUUCCUUGUUGAUGCUUCUUAGAAGAUAUGAUGAUGAAACUGUCCGCAGAGUGGCAGCAGGGGCAAUUGCCAAUCUUGCCAUGAAUGAAGCCAAUCAAGAACUUAUAAUGGCUGAAGGGGGAGUCACUUUGUUAGCAAUAGCUGCAUCUGAUGCUGAAGAACCUCAAACUCUUCGAAUGGUUGCUGGUGCCAUAGCUAACCUAUGUGGAAAUGAUAAAAUAUUAAUGAAGCUGAGAUCCCAGGGAGCUAUCAAGGCCAUACUGGGAAUUGUAAGAUGUGGACAUCCUGAUGUUCUUUCCCAAGUUGCACGAGGAAUUGCCAAUUUUGCCAAAUGCGAGUCUCGAGCUUCCAAUCAAGGGAUAAAAAGUGGUAGGUCUUUUCUGAUAGAAGAUGGCGCACUUCCAUGGAUAGUACAGAAUGCUAAUAAUGAAGCUACACCAAUCAGGCGUCACAUUGAACUUGCACUGUGCCACUUAGCACAGCAUGAAGUAAAUGCAAAAGAUAUGAUCAGUGGAGGUGCCCUUUGGGAGCUUGUCCGAAUUUCGAGAGAUUGUACACGAGAGGACAUAAGGAAUCUUGCUCGUGGGACUCUCGGUUCUAUCCUGCCUUUCAAAUCUGAAUUACGGCGUUUACGUAUAGACUAUUGA